GUUUCGCGACCUGUUCUGUCUAUCCAUUUCUAACCGGGCAACACACGAUGGCAGGCGACAAGCUGUUUCUGUACUGGGGUUCGGGCAGCAUCCCCUGCUGGAAGGCUAUGUUAGUUUUGGAAGAGAAAGGUUUCCACGGUUACAAGAACAAGCUGUGCUCGUUUCAGAAGAAGGAGCACAAGACUGACGAAAUACUGGCUUUAAAUCCCCGAGGUCAGCUGCCGACUUUUAAAGAUGGCGAUAUCGUCGUGAAUGAAUCGAAUGCCAUCAUGGAGUAUCUAGAGGCGACCUACUCAGACCAAGGCCUGAAGCUGUUACCGGCCGACCCUGCGGGAAAAGCUCAAGUUUUCCAAGUCGUAAAUGAGCUGUCCAACCUACAGACGACACUGAAUACAAAUUAUGUUUACUACAAGUUCCAUACUCCAAAGGACAAGUAUGAUGUGGACCUUCUGAAGGAGAGAGCUGAGAAGUGUAGAACGGAGCUGGCCUUCUGGGAGGCCAGACUUAAAAAGGCUGGUCCUAAUACAUUUGCUGCGGGAUCAACAUUCACAUUAGCCGACUGCGCUUUCUUCCCUUACGUCGCUUUUGCCAAACGAGUUGGACUGCAGCUGGAGAAAUGGGCGGCCAUAGAAGCUUAUUACAAGAAGAUUGUCGAACGUGCCAGUGUCAAGGCCACGUGGCCUCCGCACUGGACGGAAAAUCCCGAAGGAGACAAAUCAAUUCUUGGCGACAUCUAGUGUGUGAAGAAUAAAGAGAGAUAACUGCUAUUUUAGCGAUAGACCUAUUAUACUAGUAUAUAAAAGUUGCUUACUAUAGUAUUUUGAUUGAUGCUUGUGAACAAUCGGGGGGGGGGGGGGG